GCCUGCUUGAUGCUGAAGCUGCAAUGCCUCGCGUUCAUCGCUGCUGUCAUAUGUUUUGUGGUGAGGGAAUCAGACCUCCGAGAAGCGAAUCUCAAUCUGUUGUGCGUUAUCUGCGUGCCUCUAUCCGCUGGCUGGUGUUCAGGCGCACUACGCAUUGAAUGGCGUCCAGAUUCAGAAGGAAACACAGCUGCGAUUUGAAGAGAAAGACUUCACAAUCGCCGAUUUCGUCUGGAGCGCCUUCUCGUACACAGGUGGGUCAGCCACCGACGCCGCAAGGGCGCCAUCGGCUGACGCGGCUUCCCUCUGUGUGUGUGUGUGUGUGUGUGUGCAGUCUAUGCCCUGGCUGAGUUCUUCUUGCUGCUCGUUUUGAAUCAAGUACCUGGUUUGAACCCGACAGCCAAGGGACGCCGGCGUGUGACGAUUGUGGUGCUGGCGGGCUAUACCUUUGGUGUAGCAAGCAUCGCAUUCGACUUCGCAUAUCGAUGGCAAGGGUAAGGCAGACAGGCAGGCAGGCAGGCAGGCACACACAGCCUGACCGACUCACAAACAGGCAGGCAGGCAACUUACUAUCCGUAUGCGGCUCUGUUGGUGUGUUCAGGAUUCUGCUGGAAGACGCCGUCGGCAACACAGUUUGGACAUUGCGCAGUGUCAUCAUUUGGGUGCCGAUAAUAAUGUUUAUCAGCUGUUACUGGAGCCCUCCUGGGCACGUCUGUGCGGUACGUUUGUAUCUAUGCUGUACUGCACAUGUGCCGUCAAACCGAUUGACUCUUCGUGGGUCUUCUUACAGGCCUUCUUUUUCUUGGCAAUCGCCACGUUCCUUCUCUUCUUGUUCUCGGUACGCACAUCCGCACUCGCAGGCAGGGAUGACCGAAGCAUGCAGGCAAGCCACUCAUUGCGCGCACGCCUGUGUGGUGCCUGUUUUCUCUCUUCAGUUAGUUUUGUUGCCUCUCGGGGUCGGCUACAUGGACGCGGGGAUGAGCUUCCUUGUCGUGCGCGUCGCUAUCUUUGCCUUCGCUGAAGGCGGGCUGUUUCUCAUGCGAAUCAGCUGCCUGCGGCUGACGCACGUCAAGACGGAAUUCAGACAUAUCCUCUAUAUCCCGGCCAUCAUCGGUGUCAGCAUCAUAACCAGACUCUUGCAGGCAAGGCAACAAUGCGUUAACGACACCAGCCGACGAGACAAAGGUUGUCCGUCUGUUGCAGGGCACUGUGACAGAGGUGUGGGUGGGUGCGCUUGCGGAGACGCUCUCGGUGAUGCUAGAGAUCCGCUUUCACGUAUACUGCUACAGCGUCGACUGCCAUCACAUCAGACGCUUCAACAAAUGGUGCUAUGAGCCCGUCCGGCGCCUGCUGAAACGCUAUUGUCACACUGACGUUGGGCCUCUGGAGAUGGUGGCUCUCAUCGAGGGGUCCACUGCUUUCUACCACACUGUGCCGAUAGCGCAUAUUAUGGCAGAGGCCUUUGCCGUCUGCGUUGCACCUAUGGUGCUGCUGUUCUAUGGAAUAAGCGACGACGCCGGCAACUUUUCGCCAAAGGUGAUCCUCACCCAGGCCGCCAUCCAAGUCAUGGGUACGUAUGUGUCCCACAUGCGAUGACACAAACAAUGACCGCUUAACUCCGUCUCGCAUCCGUGUCCGUGUGCGUGUGUGUGUGCGUGUACGUGUGCGUGUGUGUGUGUGUGUGUGUGCCUCUUUAGGAGAGCUGGUCAGCGACGUAUUCUGGGCGAUGUUCCCCGAGACAGCCACAGACCGUUUGAAGCUUGGCUAUUGGGCCAGCCUGGCGUGGAGUGGCGUGUCGCGGUUAAUGCAAAGGCGCAGUGGCGAGCGCACCGUGCCAAGCUGUGAUGCCGUGGUGGUUGUGAGAGGCUCUGCCCAAGGGCGUGCGGAAAAGGCGCACAUCGCGCCUCUUCCCGAGGAGAGGAGCGGCAUUUUUGUGAGUGAUGUGGUGUCUGCUUGGAAUUCGCAGUGCCCCCAUUAUUUUUGGUACUGGUUGUCAAUGGCCUUGAUCCUUGUGCUCUACCAAGUGUACGUGUUCUCACUGUACCUCAGCCAGUGCGUGGAGAGCAUUGAUGAAGCAAGUGGCUUCAUCGUGCGCAGACGGUGCGGCGAAUACUCCAAGGAAUUUUAUGAGUGGAGCCAGGAGUUCAGACUAGACGAUAAGAGAAGCUAGCUGACCAGACGCAGGUCAGACAGAUGAUAAGAGAGUGCGUGAGCACUCACUCUCACCCACUCUGCUGACUGACUGACUGAUCGAGCCAGUCAGCCUGCACUAUUGAUCUCUUUUUCGUGUCGAUAUAUGUCAUGUGUAAGGCGAGCCGUCUAUGCAGCGCCUGUCUGUCUGUCUCUCCCUCUUUUGUCGAUAAGGGCUGCUGGGGCUCAAGUGCUGAAUACAUGUACAUGUUUAUCAUGUGUUGGUUGAUCUAUUUUGCAUGGGUGGCUGCUUAGCUGGACGCCACGUGAUGUGCGAGACGAAUGCAUAUGAUGUUCGAGGACCCGAUUGGACCUCACAUGUUGGCUCCGUGUGGCCCGUCGACUGCGUGCAUGCGAUUGAUGAGAGACACAUGAAUUCAGCCAGCCAUUGAAUGCACCAUGCAAUG